GUCAGAAAUACACUGCCCCGCUCGAGCCUAGCCAUGGCAGCCUGGUCAUCGUACAGUCUGGCAACGUGCGGAAUUGGGUUGCAUGGCCCGAUGGCAGGUGCAAGGCUUGUAUAAGAGGGUUGUCACUUCCCACGCACAUCUUUGACACCUGUCCCGUACCUUUUUUCCCUUCCACAUCAACAUCAUGAAGUACACUUCUGUAGCUGCCCUCGUCGCCGCCCUCGCGGUGAGCACUUCGUUCGUAGCCGCAAGCCCCGUCCUGCCCCGACAGGAGUCGACAGCGUCGUCUGCUGCAACAUCGGCAGCUUCUGACGCGUCCUCUGCAACGAGCACUACAGACUCCGCAUCGUCUUCGUCGUCUUCGUCUUCUGCCUCGGCCGCCGCAUCAUCCUCGUCCAGCACUGGCACCAGCAGCGCUUCCUCGUCGGCUGCCUCUUCCACUAGCUCCUCGAGCUCUUUCAACCGUUCUUCCGACAUCGACAUCCUCCGCUACGCCCUCACCCUCGAGAACCUUGAGGCUGCCUUCUACAACCAGUCUCUCACUAAUCUGAGUGCCGUCGACUUUGAGGAUGCUGGUGUCAACAGUAGCUACCGAGACCAAAUCUACAGUAUUGGUCAGGAUGAAGCCGCACACGUUUCUUUGCUCUCCUUUGCACUGGGCAACGAGACGCUGCAGCCUUGCACAUACAACUUCUCAUCUGUCACCGACGUGCCCAGCUUCCUCGCCACCGCACGCCUGCUUGAAGGUGUUGGAAUCUCGGCAUACCUUGGCGCUCUGACUUCAAUCUCCAACGCGACCUACCAGCUAAUCGCUGCAGCAAUUACAACCGUCGAGUCUCGCCACCAGACUGCGCUCAAUGCCAUUGCUAUGGCACCCAACUUUGUCCCGGCUCCCUACGACACCCCCCUCAACUUCACGGAGGUGUACUCGCUCGCUGCGCCUUACAUCGAGAGCUGCCCUAUGGACCUGGGUCUCACUGCUUUCCCCAGCUUGACCUUGACACCCACAAACCUCUCGAUGGGCAACUCUAGCUCCAACUCUUCUAGCUCCAACACGACCUACUACGUAGCCUUCUUGUCCGGUGUCGUUGGCACUAGAUUUGUUGAGCUUCCCUCAAACAUGACAGUCAAUGUACCUUCCGACAUCUCCGGCGGACAGUUCUAUGCCCUCCUGACUCACUCCAACAGCACGCCUAUCACCGACUCUAGGGUCGUGGCUGGCCCAGCU